AUGGGGUGUGUGUGCAGCCCCCGGGGUCAUCGCACCAUCGGCCAGGGGUACAGACUACAUGGGAACAGUGCAGUCCACUGCACAGGGGGAAGCGGCCUGAGCCCUCAGAGACUAGAUACGGUGCAGAGAGAGGAAGCUCACCAGGGCUUCUUCGGCUAAAUCGUGCCAUAAGUUCACUCUUACUGACCCAGCAGCAAAUUAUGGAUUGUCUCUGGUCCUUGUAACCUGUCGAGCAUCUCUCACUGUGGAGAAAGUGACAGCUUUUGCCACUGCCUGGCAACAUCAGUCAAGUACUGGAUGUUAGUCUGAGGUGUCUUGAGCUCAUCUCCUCCAUGAUUGUGGUAGUCCCGCUUGGCCUCCUCCUCAUGAGAAACUUCCAGCAUUGGGUGACCUCACUCCACUUGAACCCGUCUUUCCACCGGCAAUAUAUUGCCAAGGAGGAAGGCACUCCUGGAAACUUCACUUUCUGGCAAAAGAGAUCUUGUUAUGGAGCAGCGAACAUCUGUUGUCUCUCAGAGAAACACAUGUGCCAGGCAGACUAAACUCAGGUGUGGAUUUACAAUCGCUGGGGAACCCCCUACCAGGGGAGUGAUGACUUCAUCCCGAACAUUACGGCAGAGUUGCCGUCAAUCUGUACGCAACACAGGACAACGCACACUGUUGCCUGUUCCUUGCAAUGGGAGAUCACAACAUUCCUCGGGGCGUAGAAAUGCUGGCCAACUAGUGGUCAGAAGUGCUUCUGUACGCUUUCCCUCCCAUGGGCCUGAUUUCCCCCCCCCCCCCCCCCCCCCCCCCCACACACACUCUGAAAGCGAAUGGUCUAUCAUUCAUCCUGAUAGCCCCGCCACCAUUAUGGUAAACUUGGUGACAAUCUCAGCCUGCCAUGUAGGAAUAGGUGAAAUUACAAUCAGGGUUCACCCCUUUCGUUCGUCGUUUUAUUUAGGGAGUGUGCUGUCUAAUAAUAUGGCCGUGUUGCUUGCCUUGGCCACUGCCAAGCAUGUUAGCGACCUUUACGCGCUCUCGGUUCAUCCUUCAUGCACUCAGUUUGCCCCUGACUACUCCAAAGUUACGAUACGAACGCCAUGCUCAUUCCUUAAGUCAUUUCCAUGACUCGUAGUACCCUGGUCAAGCCACUAAUAUAUCCAUCUCAGAGAUGUGCGGAGGCUAGUUGGGCUUCCCCUCACACUUUUGUGAGGUUCUAUCAUAUGGAUGUCACUGUGCCAUCCCUUGCGCACACAGUUAUUGGCGCUGGAGCAGAGUAGGAUGGAUCAGGUACACUACCAUGUAGCACAACACAGGCUUCUCAGGAAAUGGGCUAAUGACAAUCUGGGCAUUUUGCAAGUGUCCCUUAGAGAGAAAAAUAACUAUCGGUUACAGUAUGUAACCACGGUUCUCUGAAGGAGAUUAAGGAGGCUUCUCACCAGAUUGCCCCUCUUGCGCGACACGUGUAAGUAUGUAACCACGGUUCUCUGAAGGAGAUUAAGGAGGCUUCUCACCAGAUUGCCCCUCUUGCGCGACACGUGUAAGAGGCAGUUCGUUGAAUGAGGAAACCAGAUCAUUGCGGGUGCUAUAUAGAUACGCGGGUCUCACACCCAUAAAGCUCUUUUUGGCCUUUUAGCCAUGAUUUAAUAAGGUUUCAGUGAAUAGGACACGAGGGGUGUGUCCCAUAGUGAGAUGUCUCCCUCAUCUCCUUCAGAGAACCGGGGUUACAUACCGUAACCCAGGGAUCAUCAACUAGAUUCAGCCGCGGGCCGAUUUUUUUCUUGAGCAGAUGGUCAGGGGGCCAGAACAUAAUAAAACAUUAUUUGUAGACUGCAAAUUGACCGCAAGAAGCCCAAACAGAUAUAACAUUUGACUAAAACAUUAUAAUUUCAAAUCUUGCUUACAUUUGUAUACGAUCACAUAUAGUAUAUCUCUCUGUUAUGCGUGGGAAUACUUUGGAACAGAUUUCCAAAAUUAAAAUAACUUGGAGCUAAUUUGCUGGUGUUUUUACAGUCUUUUAUGUCCAACAAUAAAAUGUAAAUAAAUAAAAUAAAAAUGUUGCUCAGAAAGCUUGGGGGGCCAAAUUAAAUCACCCGCGGGCCAUAUUCGGGACGCCAGUUGGGGAACCCUGCCGUAACCCAUAGUUGUUUCUACUGUUGUCUACCAUUUUGGCAACAGUUUGUAUUAGAAGCUUAGAUGACUCUCCAGUCCAAAGGCUAACCCUUUUUCCCCCUUCUUCUCUUCCCCCACCCAUGCACAGAAAGCGGAAAUCGCUGUGGCCCCAUUGACAAUCACGCUGGUCCGGGAGGAGGUGAUCGACUUCUCCAAGCCCUUCAUGUCGCUGGGCAUCUCCAUCAUGAUCAAGAAGCCUCAGAAGUCCAAACCUGGGGUGUUCUCCUUCCUGGACCCGCUGGCCUACGAGAUCUGGAUGUGCAUUGUGUUUGCCUACAUCGGCGUGAGCGUGGUGCUCUUCCUGGUCAGCCGCUUCAGCCCGUACGAGUGGCACACCGAGGAGCCCGAGGAGGGCACCGACGGUCCGCCCAGUGACCAGCCCCCCAAUGAGUUCGGCAUUUUCAACUCCCUCUGGUUCUCCCUGGGCGCCUUCAUGCAGCAGGGCUGUGACAUCUCCCCCAGGUGAGAGAUAUAUGUAUUACUACUAAGACUGCAUGAUAUACUACUACUACAGUAAUAUAUUCUGAUACAUUAUACCGAAACAUCCCCCAGCUGGGAUAUAAAUGUCACUACUACUACUACAUGACAUACAUACUACUACAUUACACCCAAACAUCCCUUAGGUGAGAGAAAAACACGCACACACAUACAUUACACACAUAGUACUACAUUACAUCCAGAUGUCCCCUCAAUGUCCUUUUCUUUAUUGUGUUAAGUAUUAAAGGCUUGUUGACAUUGAUAACAGCUGCCUCGGGAUGCAAUGGCUCAUACAGGAUAGGGUUACAUUCACUGGCUAGCUAUUAGUCUCUUCACUGUCUGUUGCAGAACAAACAUAGUUACUCCACUCUGUACAAUUGCAAUUUUACCCUCGUUUUUUUUUGUGUGAAUACCAAAAUCCCCGCUUUAUGUCGCAUAAGUGAAAAUAGCUAAAUAUCAUUGGCCUGUAGUUUGUAACCACUGUCUCUGCUGUGCUUUGCUAUGUGUGUGUGUGUGUGUGUGUGUGUGUGUGUGUGUGUGUGUGUGUGUGUGUGUGUGUGUGUUUGUGCUUGUGUGUGUGUGUGUGUGUUUCAGCACUUUUAUCAUCUGCUUUAGAGGGAAAUUGCACUGCUGUCCCAUUGUCUUUGAUGUGUCUGGUGUGCAUUUGUGCAAUGUUUCAUACACUAUAUUUCUGCAUUCAACAGGCUACCCCUUGUCCGAUCAUGAACCACAAAAAAAUAUUCAGUAACCAUUCAGUGCUGGGUGUCAUUGCUUCCGGGUCAAGCUUCCUGUCUGUGACACACUUUUCUGCCCACUCAGCAUCUACUUGCUGUCCUGUAGUCGUGAUAAGGAUCUUUAGGGUUUGUGUAGUUCUUUUUAUAGUAAUUUCAUGACAGAGCUGGGUCAAAUAGCCUACAUAAUAUCCUGUGUCAAAUACUUAAACGUAUUUGAGGUUUGCUUGGUCUAGUUUGAAGUUUGCACUUUUAGGACUAUAUUUGCUCUGUGAUACCAGGAAAACUAAAACAAGCACAGCUCAAACUAUUUGAAAGGACUUAAGGUAUGUAUCUGACAUACACUACUAGUCAAAAGUUUGGACACACCUACUCAUUCAAGGGUUUUUCUUUGUUUUUACAAUGUUUUACAUUGUAGAAUAAUAGUGAAGACAUCAAAACUAUGAAAUAACACAUAUGGAAUCAUGUAGUAACCAAAAAAGUGUUAAACAAAUCAAAAUAUAUUUUAUAUUUGUCACGUCUCAUCCCGUUGCUCCCCUCCGGCGCUCUGAUUCGCUUGUGUACUGAGCCACCAGUCUGAGCGCAACACCGGAAUGGAAACCCAACCCACCCUAAUCACCUCCAGCGCACCUGCACCUCAUUAUCUCAUCACCAUCCCUAUAUAGCCCUGGACUGUUCAGUGUUGUGUUGUGUGUGAUUGUUAGUGUCUUGUCAUGUACUCGCUCUUUGUUGUUCUCAUGCUCAGUGUUAAGUAAACCUUUAUAUGGUUGAUUCCUGCGUCUGCGUCCUACCUCUUCGUAUCCUCAGUACUCGUCACAAUAUUUGAGAUUCUUCAAAUAGCCACCCUUUGCCUUGAUGACAGCUUUGUUAUGGUGUGGGGGUGCUUUGCUUGAGACACUGUCUGUGAUUUAUUUAGAAUUCAAGGCACAGUUAACCAGCAUGGCUACCACAGCAUUCUGCAGCAAUACGCCAUCCCAUCUGGUUUGGGCUUAGUGGGACUAUCAUUUGUUUUUCAACAGGACAAUGACCCAACACACCUCCAGGCUGUGUAAGAGCUAUUUUACCAAGAAGGAGAGUGAUGGAGUGUUGCAUCAGAUGACCUGGCCUCCACAAUCCCCCGACCUCAACCCAAUUGAGAUGGUUUGGGAUGAGUCGGACAGCAGAGUGAAGCAAAAGCAGCCAAUAAGUGCUCAGCGUAUGUGGGAACUCCUUCAAGACUGUUGGAAAAGCAUUCCAGGUGAAGCUGGUUGAGAGAAUGCCAAGAGUGUGCAAAUCUGUAAUCAAGGCAAAGGGUGGCUAUUUGAAGAAUCUCAAAUAUAAAAUAUAUUUUAAUUUGUUUAAGUCUUUUUUGGUUACUACAUGAUUCCAUAUGUGUUACUUCAUAGUUUUGAUGUCUUCACUAUUAUUCUACAAUGCAGAAAAUAGUAAAAAUUAAGAAAACCCUUGAAUGAUGUCCAAACUUUUGACUGGUACUGUAUGUCAAAAAAUUCCCAAGUAUGCUUUAUGAUCCCUAGAGUCAUUUUAAAGGUAGACUUAGCGAUAUGAAGUUAGCAUUACAUUAGCAGUUAAGGCGACUUCCGCAAAACACACAAAGACAGCCGAAAACAAAUGGUUGAUCUCCCCUGCAUUAUCUUUGGUUCAUACUGCUGCUCGUGGUCACAUCAUAUAGCUGAGUUUUAGUUUCAGCUCUUCUUUAAUGUUUCUUAUAGAUAUCUUAAGCUCUUAGUUUCUCUAAGGUUCCUAUAUACUGUAGAUCAUAGUCUUUAAGAUUAAGAAUGGAAUAAGACUGAGAGGAGGGACCAAAACCAGCCUGUAUUUUUCAGCCCUCCUACACAGGACCAGAGCAGAGGCAUACACAAGAUGGAGAACACUAAGGUACAUUAGACAAGAGCACCGUCAAAAUUAUAGUGCCCGUUACUUAGCAUCCUAAAACGUCCUAUAGCACCGCUACCUUGAGGGAGCUAUAGUGGGCCUAUGAUUUUGACUUAAGUCCACUUCAUUUUAAGUAGUCGACUUGAGAAGGGAUCCUCAUCCACCACGUACUGUAUAUAAUUCUGUAAACUUUGCCAAAAUUCUCAGGUUUGCCAGAAAUCCCAGUUCGGGAUUCUCGCAAUCAAUAGGGAAUACACAGGAAAAGUAAUCGUCCAACUGGGAAUCCUCCAACUGGGAAUUUCUGGAAAACCUAGGAAUUUUGGGAAAUUUUCUGGAAUUGUUUGACUGCUACUGUUUAAUCAUUUAGUCAGCAUUUAGUAUUUAGUAUUGAAACAUUUAGAAUUGAUACAUUUCGUCUACAUUGUCCUUUUGUCUCUCCACAGUGUGGCCUGACUACUGUGCCUGUCUGUCCCACACCUGUCACAGAUACAGUUACAGUAAUCCCACGGGCCCUGUCCCAAUCUGUCACCAAAAGAGUCCUUGAUCACUUUGGAGGGGUCAACUGAAGUUUAUCCUGACAAGGGGACAUGCAAAUCCCCUCCACCGAGGGAUUAGGAGACUUUGGGUGUGUGGAGAAAAUGAGGGAAUGACAAGGGCCCUGUUUUAGUGAUGGGUUUGGGACUAUGCCUCACCACUCAUCUGUAGUGAUGAUAAGGAAAGGAAGCUGGCGGAUGUGUGGUGCAUAUACAGGAAGCCAUCUCACAAUGAUGACAUACACAGUCCAAUGGGAAAUGACGACCCAGUGGUGAGAUGAUUGACAGGUCUAAAGGUUAUUCGCUACUGAAGUUCCGUCUUUUACCUUAAUGAAGGUUAAUCCCGCUACUCACACACACACACACACACAAGCGCGUGCACACACACGCGCACACACACACACACACACACACACACACAGACGCUCACACACACACAUCUCCCCAAGGCACCCCAUAAUAAUUAAUGCAGUAAUUCAUAUCCCUGUGUGCUCAUCUCCGAUGGUAAUGCCAGGUCUCCAUGGCAACGGAGAGGGGAGUGUGUGUGUAUGUGAGUGAAGUGGUGACAUGGGAGCUCCCUAAUUGAGAACAAAUCCCAGUUUAGUGUAACUAAAGAUGCAGGCUGCUUCCCAAAUGGCAGCGUAUUCCCUAUAUAUUGCACUACUUUUGACCUGAGUCCUAUGGGCCAUGGUCAAAAGUAGUGCACUAUAUAGGGUAUAGGAUGCCAUUUGUGACGCACACGCCAUUAUUGACUCAGGAGACUAGACAGAUACUUCAUUAUUUAGACUAUUAAGAUAUAUCAUAAUAUCAUAAUAAUAUUCAGAAAUCUUUUUGGAUGCCAGAAAAGCACCCGAACAUUCUGGUGAAGCCAAUAUGUCAACAAUUUUGUUUGACCAGCAAGCUUCGUACUUUCUGUGAUACUGUAUGUUUGUAACUUUUGGCUACUUUUUUGUUUAAACCUUUUUUCAGCCAGGUAAGAACAAAUUAUAUUUACAAUAACAACCUGGGUACACUUUGACGCUAUCCGAUCAUCCCCAGGCAUAUCCAUGCACAAUUUGAUCUGGGUGUGAUUGGAAGAGUGUGCUCACCAGUUGGCCUGCUUGGAUGGGGUGCGAUUGGUUUGGUCUGUUUUUGAAGGUCGCCUUCCUCUAGUCUGGUCUAAUUGAAUAGGUGCCAUUGCUUCAGUCUGCCGUACUAUUCAUAUGAAUAUCAUAUUUGCCAGACUGCAUCAUUUGAGCAAGAGUAUGAGAGAGCGUGAGGCUGAAUUCGUACAGGCUCAUGUAGGGUCAAAUUGAUUUCAGGUGAUACAUUCUUAUUCAGGGCAGUAAUGGAGAGAGGGAGGGAGAGAGAGAAGGAGGGAUGAGGGAGGAGGAGAGAGGGAGAGGGGGAUAGCAUGAAUAACUAAAGCACUAGGGGCUAGCCCGGGGGUGUAUCAUGCUGGGAGCAGACAACACAUCUUCAUUUAUUUAGGCUCCUCUCAAGGUCAACCUCACUCUCUCUCUCUCUCUCUCUCUCUCUCUCUCUCUCUCUCUCUCUCUCUCUCUCUCUCCUCUCUCUCUCUCUCUCUCUCUCUCUCUCUCUCUCCACUUCUGUAGUCAGAGCCAUAAUAUACUCUUUACAUAGCUCUGCUAUUAUGUUAUAUUGUACAUCACAUGCUGUGAUCUUAAUUACCUGUCCACAAACACACAACUCAUGCAGACAUCAAAUAAUGAAAAGUAUGUGUAUGGUGAGUCACUCACACAUACACAUGCACGCGCACACACACACAUAUAUCCAUGUAACAAGGAUGUUAAACCAGGGUCAUACUGGUGCUGCCGUAUGGCAGCAACGACCCCUCCACUGAUAACGACCCUUUAUAUCCACCCCUCCUUCCCCCAGUUGGCUCUGGCCCAUCAGAGUAUGCCAAGUCUGUCACCAUGGAUGAAAGUCACUGGAGUCACUUCAGAUCAACACAGACUGGGAACAGGGAGAGAGAGGUUGAAAGAGAGAGAGAGUCCCCUGGCUCUAGACACAGCUGCUGGCCACUCGCUGCCAACGGGAGCAAACCCUACGAGAGGGAGGAGGAGAGAAACAGAGAGAGGGAGGAGAGAAAAAAGAAUGGAGCAGGAGAUAAGGAGAGAAAGAAACAGGGAGACAGAAAGAAAAAUGGAGGAUGAAAUUGAAAUAAAGGGAGGAUAAGAGAAAGAAAGAAAGAAAGAAAGAAAGAAAGAAAGAAAGAAAGAAAGAAAGAAAGAAAGAAAGAAAGAAAGAAAGAAAGAAAGAAAGAAAGAAAGAAAGAAAGAAAGAAAGAAAGAAAGAAAGAAAGAAAGAAAGAAAGAGCGACAUAGAGAGAGAAAGAGCGGGAGACAGAGAGAGAGAGAGAAAGAAAAGGUGAGACCGAAAGCAAGAGAGUGCUUCCUCUGAAGCCCUGUCCUUUUCCUUCUACCUUUUCCAGUCUUUCACACUGCAAUAUCAUUUAUUCUCAAGCUGUGGAGGAUAUUCCCAGGGUUACAGAAACAAAAGAGAUAUACUGCAGCGAGAGAGAAAGAGAGCGGGGGGGGGGGGGGGGGGGAGACAGAGAGAGAGUGAAGGAAGAGAGUAAGGGACAUAAUGGGAGGAAAACUAGAGCGAGAUAAAGAAAGGAGAGAGAGAAUGAUGAAGGUGGAGAGGGAGAGUACCAGGAAGUGAACAGAGAGCGAGAGAGAGGAAAAUAAAUGUUUGUAAUCUGUAUUCAAAUCCAGAAGCAGCGUUAACAGAGCUUAUACAUGAUCUAUUCUACAGCAUAGCCUUCUGUGUACAGUUAAACAUGCUUUGCUGCUGCGUCUCUCGGGUUGGUGAGAUCUUUGCUGCGUGUUGGGCAGGUUCACCAAUGCAGAAGCACAGCCCCAAUGUGACACAGGGUGUGUGUGUGUGUGCAUGCGUGCGUGUGUGUGUGAGAUUUUGACAUUAGAGUCCCUUUUUAUACCCUUUUCACAUUACUGAGCAGAGCUGUACUGCACUGGCCUGGGUGAACAUCCACCAUAAUCGCUGCAUGCUGGAACGAAAGGUUCAGGUCGACACGGUAGUGUGAAUCAUGAAAAGGUUUGGUUCAGGUUGGCAUGUGUGAAAUAGUGUGAAAUGGCUAUUAGUUUGAUAAAACAACAGGAACGAAAGGGUUUUUCAUAGAGCCUCUCUCUCUAAGUGUUUGGUUCACACCAAGCAGGGAGAGAGAAUGCUGUUUGUUCACUCCAAUGCACCAUUUUGUUUAAGAUUCUCCUCACGACCUUCCCCUGCUCACUCGAGAGUCGGUGAGUUAUCUGUCUCCCUUGAACCAACAAACAAGACGAGAACAGAGCUGAACAGAGGGAGCUCUGUGUGACGUCGUCAGCUCUUUUCAUCCCACCAAUAGACAGAGAGAAAGAAAGAAAGAAAGAAAGAAAGAAAGAAAGAAAGAAAGAAAGAAAGAAAGAAAGAAAGAAAGAAAGAAAGAAAGAAAGAAAGAAAGAAAGAAAAAAAAGAAAGAAAGAAAGAAAGAAAGAAAGAAAGAAAGAAAGAAAGAAAGAAAGAAAGAAAGAAAGAAAGAAAGAAAGAAAGAAAGAAAGAAAGAGAGGGACCACAGCGCACUACCUUUUAUUUUUUAACAGAGUGGUCGACACACAAACGCAUUGGGUUUUAAUGAGCCACUUUGCCUUAAGGUGGAUCUGAAUAUGGGGUUGGAUGAUGUUGUGCAGUGUGCAGUCAGUGUCCUCCCAGGGCCUGUUAACAUGUUACAUUGGAUAAGUUAUUAUUUUUUAUAUCUAUAAUUUUUGUGGGUUUUUAUUUAUGGAGAAAGGACAGUUAAGGGAGACAGUAAAGAUUGCGAGUCAGAAGGGCAGUGGACACGAUUUGAACCCAUGCCGACUCUGGUAUACAUGUGCGCCAGGGUCAGCAGCUCUAACUGCUGGACCACACAGGUCACCGAUAACUUUGUCUGUAAUUCACUCUCACUUCUUAAUAUAGUUUGUGGAUUUGUGUUGAUUCAUAUUUUGUUAAUAUUGUUGUUGAUGGACUCUAUCACACCCACUACUCUCCUCACGCUUCUCUUUUCCUCGCCAUGCUCACUCUUUUCCUACUCCUUCACUCCUUCUCAUUCUCACCUCCUGCUAUGACACUUCCCUUAUUCCUCUCCAUCCUAUCCUACCUCUUUCCCCCCGUCCUCUCCCUUCUCCCCUCCUCUCCCUCCUUUCCUCUCCUUCCUCCUCUUCCUCCCGCUCUUUCCCAGGUCUCUGUCGGGGCGUAUCGUGGGUGGUGUGUGGUGGUUCUUCACCCUCAUCAUCAUCUCGUCCUACACGGCCAACCUGGCUGCCUUCCUCACAGUGGAGAGGAUGGUGUCGCCCAUAGAGAGUGCUGAAGACCUGGCUAAACAGACAGACAUCGCCUACGGUACCCUAGACUCCGGCUCCACUAAAGAGUUUUUCAGGGUGAGUAUAGUACUGGACUGGACUGGACACAAGCUGUGUCUGAAUUCUCAUAUUAUGACCUUGUCCUAUUUCAUAGACUUUUUGUGUAUGUAGGAAUAAAACGUUUUAGCUAGUAGCUGGGUUGUUGUUUUAAUAUAGACCACAUGGAGAAUUCAAUUAAUCAGAUUUUUUAUAUGAAUAAAGGAUAUCUAAAGUGCCAAAAUUCAGCAUUUUGACAUGUCCCUCCAUCAACCCUGUGUCACUUCUAAGAAGAUUUCAACCCACUUAAUCCCAAAAUGUAUCGUUUUAAAAUAUUUUUUUCUAAAGAAACAUUGAACAUCUAAUAGUCAAAUCAUAGUGUAAAAGGAGAUGAGCUGGUUCUACUCUUUUUGGCAAUUUUCUGGUGGAAAUCUGAGCGGGUCGAGCAUAACACGUCAACCCUGUUACCCAUAGAUAGACAGACUAGAAAUGUUUUAUACAUUUCAUUUCACCUCUCCAAAGUGUGCACAGUUCCUAAGCAACUUCAAUGCACUUUUAGAAGAGUUUUCAGCUAUAAGGUACUUUUUUGAGCUCUCAUAGCUGUGCCGUUAAGGAAUUAGUGUCAAGGUCUGAUGUGGAUGCGGUGGUGGAGUCAAGCGCAGGACACAGAGGAAUAGUCAAGACGACUUUACUAAUACCUCUCAAGGUACACACAAAUAAACAGCCUCCAAAAACACAAGAGGCGUAACAAAAUACGCGAGUGUGUAAAACCCACAAAAGCAAAGGUCACAGAACCUAUACAUACACGACAGGCGACAAUAACACACAACAUGCAAACCUAACAGGGGAACUUAUAGGAGACAUAAUCAAGACAGAAUACGAGACAGGUGCACCAACUAGACAUAACCAAACAAACAUCGAAAACAUCAAGCGGUAGUAGCUAGUACUCGACGAACGCCGAAGCCUGCCCGAGCAAGGAGGAGGAGCAGCCUCGGCGGUCUCCGUGACAGUACCCCCCCCCCCCCCCUUGACGCGCGGCUCCAGCCGUGCGCCGACCCCGGCCUCGGGGAUGGCCAGGAGGACGCGGAGCAGGACGCGUAGGAUGACUCCGGUGGAACUCCGUCAGGAGGCAGGGAACUAAAAUGUCCCUCCUAGGCACCCAGCACCGUUCCUCCGGUCCGUACCCCUCCCACUCCACGAGAUACUGCAGACCCCCCAUCCGACGUCUCGAAUCCACGAUGGACUGGACUGAGUACGCCGGAGCCCCCUCGAUGUCCAGUGGGGGCAGAGGAGUCUCCCGUAUCUCACUGUCCUGGAGUGGACCAGCUACCACCGGCCUGAGGAGAGACACAUGGAACGAGGGGUUAAUGCGAUAAUCAUUAGGCAGUUGUAACCUGUAACAAACCUUGUUCAAUCUCCUCAGGACUUUAAAUGGCCCCACAAACCGCCGACCCAGCUUCCGGCAGGGCAGGCGAAGGGGCAGGUUUCGAGUCGAGAGCCAGACCCGGUCUCCUGGUGCAUACACCGGAGCCUCACUGCGGUGGCGAUCGGCUCUCGCCUUUUGCCACCUGAUGGCACGCUGCAAAUGAACGUGCGCAGCAUUCCACGUCUCCUCCGAGCGCCGAAACCACUCGUCCACCGCAGGGGCCUCGAUCUGGCUCUGAUGCCAAGGUGCCAGAACCGGCUGGUAACCUAACACACACUGGAAAGGUGUCAGGUUAGAAGAUGAAUGACGGAGGGAGUUCUGGGUUAUCUCUGCCCAGGGAAUAUAUCCCGACCACUCCCCCUGCCGGUCCUGGCAAUAUGAUCUCAGAAACCUACCCACAUCCUGGUUCACUCUCUCCACCUGCCCAUUACUCUCAGGGUGGAAACCCGAGGUAAGGCUAACCGAGACCCCCAAGCGUUCCAUGAACGCCCUCCAGACUCUAGAGGUGAAUUGGGGACCCCGAUCAGACACUAUAUCCUCGGGUACCCCGUAGUGCCGGAAGACGUGGGUAAACAAAGCCUCAGCAGUCUGUAGGGCAGUAGGGAGACCUGGCAUUGGGAUGAGACGACAGGCCUUAGAGAACCGAUCCACAACAACCAGAAUAGUGGUAUUCCCCUGGGAGGGGGGAAGGUCCGUGACAAAGUCUACCGAGAGGUGAGACCACGGCCGUUGUGGAAUGGGUAGGGGUUGUAACUUCCCCCUGGGCAGGUGUCUAGGCGCCUUACACUGAGCGCACACCGAGCAGGAGGAGACAUAAACCCUCACGUCCCUUAGCCAAUGUUGGCCACCAGUACUUGUCACUAAGGCAGUGCAUUGUCCGGCCGAUACCAGGGUGUCCAGAGGAGGGUGACGUAUGAGCCCAAUAUAUGAGACGAUCACGAAUCUCGAGCGGAACGUACGUCCGCCCCACCGGACAAUCUGGGGGAGUAGGGUCGGUGCGUAACGCCCGCUCGAUCUCCGCAUCGACCUCCCACACCACCGGUGCCACCAGACAAGACUCCGGCAGUAUGGGCGUGGGCUCAAUGGACCCCUCCUCUGCAUCAUAUCGCCGGGACAGGGCGUCUGCCUUACCGUUCUGGGACCCUGGGAUGUAGGUGAGCUUAAACGCAAACCUGGCCAGAAACAUGGUCCACCUAGCCUGACGAGGGUUCAGUCUCCUAGCUGCCCGGAUGUACUCCAGGUUACGAUGGUCAGUCAGAAUGAGAAAAGGGUGUUGAGCCCCCUCAAGCCAAUGCCUCCACACCUUUAGGGCUUGAACCACGGCGAGCAGCUCCCUGUCCCCCACGUCAUAAUUACGCUCCGCCGGGCUGAGCUUCUUAGAGUAAAAAGCGCAGGGCCGGAGUUUAGGGGGGGUGCCUGAGCGUUGAGACAGUACAUCCCCAAUACCGGCCACUGACGCGUCCACCUCCACCUGGAACGCUAAAGCGGGAUCCGGAUGCGCCAGCACCGGAGCAGAGGUGAACAGGUCCUUCAGUUUACCAAACGCCCUGUCCGCCUCAGCUGACCACUGCAAACGCACCGGGCCCCCCUUCAGCAGGGAGGUAAUGGGAGCUGCCACCUGUCCAAAACCCCGGAUAAACCUCCGGUAGUAAUUGGCAAAACCCAAAAACCGCUGCACUUCCUUAACCGUGGUUGGAGUCGGACAAUUACGCACGGCUGAAACGCGGUCAAUCUCCAUCUCCACCCCUGACGCGGACAAUCGAUGGCCCAGGAAGGAGAUGGACUCCUGGAAAAACAGACAUUUCUCUGCCUUGACAUACAAGUCAUGCUCCAACAGCCUACCCAACACUCGACGCACCAGGGCUACAUGCUCGGCUCGUGUAGAAGAGUAAACUAGUAUGUCGUCAAUAUACACUACUACACCCUGCCCAUGCAAAUCCCGGAAGAUCUCGUCCACAAAGGAUUGGAAGACUGAAGGAGCAUUCAUUAACCCGUAUGGCAUGACGAGAUACUCGUAGUGACCCGAGGUGGUACUAAAUGCUGUCUUCCAUUCAUCUCCCUCCCUAAUGCGCACCAAGUUGUAGGCGCUCCUGAGAUCCAGCUUUGUGAAGAAACGCGCUCCGUGUAAUGAUUCCGUCACACUCGCAAUCAGAGGGAGUGGAUAACUGUAUUUCACAGUGAUCUGAUUGAGACUACGGUAAUCAAUACACGGGCGCAACCCUCCAUCCUUCUUCUUCACAAAAAAGAAACUCGACGACGCAGGGGAAGUGGAGGGCCGUAUGUAUCCCUGUCUCAGAGACUCGGCGAUGUAUGUCUCCAUAGCCACCUUCUCCUCUUGAGACAGAGGAUACACAUGACUACGCGGAAGUGCAGCACCUGCCUGGAGGUCUAUCGCACAAUCCCCCUGUCUAUGAGGUGGCAAUCGCGUCGCCCUAGUCUUGCUAAACACUAGUGCCAAAUCAUCAUACUCAGGAGGAAUGUGCAGUGCGGGCAAUUGGUUCGGACUCUCCACGUGGUUGCCCCUACGGAAACACCUAGACAUCGCCCAACACACUGGGCAGACCACUCCUUGAGAGCCCUCUGUUGCCACGAAAUGGUGGGGUUAUGGGCGAUUAACCAAGGAAGCCCCAGCACCACGGGAUACGCAGGAGAGUCGAUCAGAUAUAACUGAAUGAUCUCCUCAUGACCCUCCUGCGCCUUCAUCUUUAGUGGCGCUGUGACCUCCCUAAUCAACCCAGAUCCCAACGGACGGCUAUCUAAGGCAUGAAUCGGGAAAGGCACAUCUACUGGUCGGAGGGGAAUCCCUAACUUAACACAAAAAUUACGAUCAAUAAAAUUCCCAGCUGCGCCUGAAUCGACUAGCGCCUUAUGCUGGGAAUGAGAUGCAACCUGGGGGAAUACUACAGGUAUACACAUGUGACCAACAGAGAGCUCUGGGUGAGUUGGGCGCCUACUCAUCUGGAAUGACUCCCCAGUGCGUGACCUGUUGCCUCGAUCCCCUGGAGACCCUCCCCAGCACCGAACCGCAGUGUGUCCUCUACGGCCACAGUUGGUGCAGGGGACGGCCUCCCUCCAGAUCUCUCUCCUCCUCUCUCUAGCGCCAGCACCCCCGAGCUCCAUAGGGCUCGGCUCGGAGGUGCUGGGGGAUGGAAUGGACGGCCCCAACUCCGGAGGUCCGCGGGUAGCCAGCAGGGUAUCCAGACGGAUUGACAUGUCCACCAACUGGUCGAAGGUUAAAUUGGUGUCCCUGCAGGCCAACUCUCGUCGAACGUCCUCUCGCAGGCUGCACCGAUAGUGGUAGAUGAGGGCCCUCUCAUUCCACCCCGCAUCUGCCGCUAGAGUCCGGAAGUCCAGGGCGAACUCCUGUGCGCUCCUCUUCCCCUGUCGGAGGUGGAACAGACGCUCCCCCGCCGCUUUACCCUCUGGAGGAUGAUCGAAAACAGCCCUGAAGCGGCGGGAGAACUCAGCGUAGCUGAUGGUGGCGGCGUCUAUUCCCCUCCAUUCGGCAUUGGCCCACUCCAAAGCCUUGCCGGAAAGACAGGAGAUGAGGGCGGAAACGCUCUCGUAUCCCGAGGGCGGCGGGUGUAUGGUUGCCAGGUAGAGCUCCACCUGAAGGAGGAACCCCUGACACCCGGCUGCGGUGCCAUCAUAUGCCCUCGGGAGCGAGAGCCGAAUCCCACUGGACUCCGGAGCUGGUAUGAUGGGGCUGGCCGAUGGUGGUGGUACGGUAGGAGGAGGUGUGGGAAAGCCUCCUCUCUCCAAUCGGCGCAGGGUGUUCAUGACUUCUUGCAUGGCGGCGCCGAGUCGGUGGAUCAUGGCGUCCUGGCUGCUGACCCGCUCCUCCAGUGACUCGGUCACCGCCGCUGCUGCUCCUGCUGACUCCAUAGGUGGUGUGUUAUUCUGUCAAGGUCUGAUGUGGAUGCGGUGGUGGAGUCAAGCGCAGGACACAGAGGAAUAGUCAAGACGACUUUACUAAUACCUCUCAAGGUACACACAAAUAAACAGCCUCCAAAAACACAAGAGGCGUAACAAAAUACGCGAGUGCGUAAAACCCACAAAAGCAAAGGUCACAGAACCUAUACAUACACGACAGGCGACAAUAACACACAACAUGCAAACCUAACACAGGGGAACUUAUAGGAGACAUAAUCAAGACAGAAUACGAGACAGGUGCACCAACUAGACAUAACCAAACAAACAUCGAAAACAUCAAGCGGUAGUAGCUAGUACUCCGGGGACGACGAACGCCGAAGCCUGCCCGAGCAAGGAGGAGGAGCAGCCUCGCCGGUCUCCGUGACAAUUAGAGCAAGCACACUUGUAGUUGUUUAAUUAGGAACACAACCCUGCAUCCCCGUCAUCACACAAUUACUGUUGUUGUUUACGCAAUAAAUUUGUUUUACAUUAUAAAUCUCAUUCUGGGUCAGGUGGGCAUGAUUUGAACGCUUGUUCUAUUGCCAACAUGACUAGCUAAGUUAUCAAAUAAAUCUUACAGUGUUAGACUUUCACAAGGCAAUUCAAAGAAACAGAUCGUAAUUUUGGGGUGCAUAGAAAGGAGGCAUGAGUUCAUUCAGGUGCUUGUGCCCGGCAAAUUUUCUUCACAAUAAACAAACAUAGGCUCAUUCUGUUCAGAACAACCCAGGGUAUGAUGCCAUGUCAUCUUGUAACUGUACAUUAAACAUAGUGAUCAUAAACAUUGACACUGUAUAUUACAUGAGUUCUAUGAUUUGGAAAUGUGAAGUGCACAUUUGGUCUCAUGGGUGUUCGGCUUGCUUGUAUGACAUCAAAGCAGUAUUUAUUAUAAUCCUCAAAUUCUCAUCUUUCAAAAUACAUCGAGUCAUCUUAAUUUACAGCACUUCCCUCACUCAGACAGCAGCAAAUGUGCAAUUACCGGAAGGAAUGGGGUCAACUUCUUGUCACGCGAGGUGCUCCAGUUCAGAACAGUUGUCAGUCAAAACCCAUACAGCACUGUGAAGUGCAGAGCCAGAGCUCUGACGUCUUGUAUAGCAUGUUACUGUACAGCCACUACCUUCCAAUCUAGGCGCUUAUUAGUGCCCAAAUCUGCCAUUUUCAACCCGUAUGCGGGUAUGAGUGUAAAGGACUACCCUCUUGAGAUGGGAAAACAUGUUUUUUUAUGAAGUUGAACAUGUGCUCUUUAUGACAGAAUGUUAAAAUUAGGUGAAAUCAAAAGUUUAUUUUGACAAAGUUACACUUCUCAAAAGGCACUGAAUUGGUGGAACGACCCAGCUACUAGUAAGCAAUAUAUAGCAUGAGAAUUCAAGGUGAGUAGUACUGGACUGAUCAGCUCUCACACACACACACACACACACACACACACACACACACAACACCAUACCGAUCAGAUCACUCAAGCACACUCAUUCACUCGGGGAGGAGUGUGUUUUUACAGUAACUGUUUUCAGUCAACACUCACUCCUCCACCAGUAACUCUGUACUGUACGUUAACCCCGCCAUGUCCUUGUCUCUAUUUGGCUGUGCUCUCUCUAUGCUCUCUCUCCACCCUCCUCUACUAUUCCUCCACCCCUCCCCCAAUCUUCCCCAAACACAGAGGUCAAAGAUCGCAGUCUACGAGAAGAUGUGGGGCUACAUGAAGUCGGCUGAACCGACUGUGUUUACCAAGAACACACAGGAGGGGGUUGUACGUGUGCGGAAGAGCAAAGGAAAGUAUGCUUUCCUAUUGGAGUCAACCAUGAAUGAGUACACGGAACAGCGGAAGCCCUGCGACACCAUGAAGGUCGGCGGAAACCUGGACUCCAAAGGAUACGGAGUGGCCACCCCCAAGGGUUCACUGUUAAGGUGGGUGGAGUGGUAUAACAAUAUGUCCAAGCUGUGCGUGUUGUUAUGUUAUUCCACCUUCCCUGGCGUGCUGCCUGAAUAUGUAUAAUAAUGCUCAUAUAACGCUCAUGUAACACUUCUUUUUUGUUAAGUUUUGUCAUGAUCGUAAAGGUAGUGGCUUUUACAUUUGUGUUUGGUGUGGUAUGGCGUGGCAUGGCAUGCGGUCAUUGCAACAGUUGGUUUUGUUGCAGCUCUACUUCCUUGUUGUCAGGUAACGUUUGUGCUGCUUUAUGUUGGUGGGCCAGUAGGAGUCGAAAGAGCAUGUUGAUAAGCAUGAAUAUUACUCUUAAAUAUGUUAAAUAUGUUGCAGAAUUCUGGUAACUUUCCCAAAAUUCCUGGAUUUCCUGCUUAUUCCCUCCGGAAUCUGGGAAUAUCCCAAACUGGAAUUUCUGGAAAACCUGGGAAUUUUGGGAAAGUUACCGGAAUGUUGCAACCAUAACUGCAUUACAUAGGUAAUAGAGUGCUAUUUGGGAUGCAGACAUAGUACGUUUCAUAUGAGAUGGUGGGAUAUAAGUGAUGUGAAUGCGAGCCAUGUGAAUGCUCAGUCCUGUCUGACUUGGCUAUACUCUAGAGCUGAAUAAUACACAGAGUGGAAUUUACAGACCUGCCGAAAAAUACAAUAUCGUUCCCACUCACCACGGGGAGUUACAAUUUCACUUCGCCAAAACUAGAAACUCUCAUCUACCAAAAGAAAGGGAGCAAGCUCAUACGGAAAGGAAUUGAAAAAUGUAAUAGAGGCUGGAUUGAGUGUGUGUGUGCGCGCGUGCAUGCACACGUGUGUGUGUACUGGACAAAAUGUCAUUAAUCCAUUGCCAAAGGAUUUAUAAAAGAUAACUUGCAUUUUCACAGUUUUUGUAGCAUGAGUGAGGUACUGUUAUUAUUUUUUGAAAAGACACUUCAAAUGAUAAAAGCAAACAAAUACCCCUUAGCAAGCUAAGAGUUAUCUUAGCCUAUACUAUAAUGGUCACACUAUCUAUUACUUAAUACUGCUUCCUGUUUACUAUAUAUCCUUUAAUAAACACUGUUUAAUUACUCUUAGAUAAAGUAUACUGUUUUUUAAAUGGAACAUAUAGCCAAGAUCACAUGUAAACUGUAGACAGGAGAACCAAGUCUCAGUGUAGUAUGUCAACUUUAGAUCGACAGUAUGUUGUUGACCACCUGACCCUAGAUAGGGCCUACAGAGCGUUAUGUCGCUCUCAAUCAAUAAAUAAAUAAAUCAAAUAUAUUCUGUAAAGCCCGUUUUACAUCAGCAGUUGCCACAAAGCGUGUUACAGACACACUAGCAAAGGUUGUCAAAAUUGACAAAAGGUCAAAAACACAGUUCUUAUAAAUGUAACAGCUGCAUAAUGGAGUGAGAUACUCAACACUAUUAGAAUUUAAAAAAUCAAAAUCCACUGGAUUAUAGCAGUGGCAUGUGUUUCAGCGGCCAUAACAGAUGUUUGCGCGAUCGUAAAAUCAACAGGAAAAUGUGCUUUGGUUUUCUUUUUAAUUAAAUUGAUCUAGCAACAAUUAUGUGACAAGUGAACUAACACCCCACAAAAACAGGAACAUAAUGGCUGGAAAGUGGGGAAUCCUAAGGUGGGCUGGGCAUGCGCAUUGUUUGACACACAUGCACGCACACACACUAUUUCCAAACUCAUCUGAAUCCAACUCCAAACCUUCCCUGUCUGUAAAUUCCACUGACGGUGCUUCUCUAGGAGGCAACAACAUGGGUUUGCAAUGCAAACAACGACUGGUGCUGGAUUUACCCACUGUUUUCAGCAAGAGGAGUCACUGACAGAUCACGGUAGUUCCAGAUGGAGUCCAUUUUUAUUUUAAUAAUAAUAAUAAUAAUAUGCCAUUUAGCAGACGCUUUUAUCCAAAGCGACUUACAGUCAUGCGUGCACACAUUUUUACAUAUGGGUGGUCCCGGGGAUCGAACCCACUACCCUGGCGUUACAAGCGCCAUGCUCUACCAACGCGUUCCCCUGCUCAGACGUUGCAUGCCAAUGAAUUUGUGUCACGUCAUCAACAGUGUCAUCGACUGACAGAUUGCUGUAAUAUAUGAUGUGGUUAGCUGAUACUUAAAAUACCUAUCCAGCAAUGUUCCCUCAAAUUUUAUGGGGCACUGAGCAAAUUUUGGGUCUUGUGAGCGGAAACUUGAACAUUGUGAGAAUUUUGUGCAACUUCCAGUGUGUGUUUACAGUGAACACUGAGGCUGUACCCUUACAGUUUUAGACAGUAGCCAGUAGGCUAUUGUGGCUAUUUGAGCAUAAUGUAGGCCUACCAACAAACCAAUGGAAUUCCAUAACAUUUUCACAUGGAAAUAGCUUUUGAUUUCUUUGAUAUAGCCUACAGUAGCCUCUAUGUGGUGUUCAAUGCAGGCCUACAUUGCAUGAGACUUUUUAAAAAAGUUUUUACAUUAUGAAGGGCUUGACAUUAAUUAAUAAUUUUUUUACUUGGUUUGUAACACCAUCGGUCAAAUAGGUGACUGUAAAUUGCAUUGUAUUGUGUUAUAUGAUGCAAGAAACCACUUUACAAAAUACAAUUAAUUAUUAUUAUCAUACAGAGAAUUAGACAAUGUAGGCUACCCCUCUGCCUAUUGUCUUAUUUGCAAAUUCAAGCCUGUCUCAAAAUACAACACUGCCCCUUUAAUUAAGACAUAAGCCUUUUACCUGACUGGCUUUUCAAAGACAGCUUGAAAUGUAGCCUGCAUGUUUUGUGCUCUUGUAGGAAGCAGUAACUCCCCAUUGCUGACCUAUACUUAUCUUUAACUGGGCUAAUAACUCGCUAACUAGCAAAGAAUAUCAACAAAUGUGCACACGCGCGGCUCUGUGCUCUGAUCUGAACUGAUCUGAAAAGCGCAUUCACUCGCGUGUGGCUCUGCCUACAACAAAAUCACAGACUUAUUCUUGCAAAGUUAGAUUAGUUUUGUUUUGUUGCAUUGAACAGGGGCUGAUAUAAUGUUGAUUCGAUCGCAGAAAAAACGUUGAUCUAUAUAGUGCAAACUAAUGGGGAGAACUCAGUGAAGUUCAAUCUCUUGUGUCUCUGCGCGGCAUAGCAUUUCUUCUGCAUGGCAGUCCUGGAGGAAGUGCGCAGCCGCGGGCAGUUUAGAGGGAACAUUGCUAUCCAGGCAUUGUAAGAUCGGGCAUGCAUCAGCAACGCCUGGGCAGAAGAACAGGCCCACUAUCUUCUGUCAGUCACUUAUGUGGUUGUCACCAUGGAAACCCACAAAUCAGCAUGCAGAGCGACUAUGAUGUCAGACAAGGCAGCUAUUUCAAAAAGGCAUUAACCCUAAAGUGACCCUAAAAAGUUUAAACAAGGUGACGUUUAAUUAUAUAUUUUUUUUUUCUCAUCAGCUUUUACUGAAAGAUUUAUUUUAAUAAUGUUGCUAUCAGUUAAGCAACAUUUCUGUCUCUCUCAUUGUUGAUGUGUACCUGAUAUUACUCUAAAGUACAGUUGAAAUGCACUGAAUGCAUGUGGACAAAUCUCUCUUGAUGCAAGUUUUACUCCUCUGAAUCAAAAUAUAUAUCAAAAUGAAGUUACUACACAAUCAUUUCCAUAUGGGCCAUGGUCAAUGUAUGCACUAUAUAGGGAAUAGGGUGCCAUUUCAGACACACAAUAUGUGUAAUGGAGUUUAACCAUCAAUCAGGUCAUGUACAGAAAGACAAAGGCCACAGGGGUAAAACCAAGGAAACAAAUAGAGAUUUAAGUUUAAUUUACUUCAAUUUACACUGUGUGCACAAUUAUUAGGCAAGUCAGUAUUUUGACCAUAUCAUCAUUAUUAUGCAUAUUUCCCAACUCCAAGCUGUAUAAACUGGAAUGCUUAUUGGAUUUAAGUGUAUCAGGUGAUGUGUAUUUGUGUAAUGAGGGAGGGUGUGGCCUAAGGAGAUCAACACCCUAUAUCAAGGUGUGUAUAAUUAUUAGGCAGCUUCUUUUCCUCAGGCAAAAUGUGCCAAAGAAUAGAUUUAACUGACUCUGAAAAGUCAAACAAUUUUAAAAGUAUUUCAGAGGGAUGCAGCACUCUUGAAAUUGCUAAGAUAUUUGGGCGUGAUCACAGAACCAUCAAACGUUUUGUUGCAAAUAGUCAACAGGGUCGCAAGAACCGUGUUGAGAAAAGAAGACGCAAAUGAACUGCCAAAGAUUUGAGAAGAAUCAAACGUGAAGCUACCAGGAACCCAUUAUCCUCCAGUGCUGUCAUAUUCCAGAACUGCAACCUACCUGGAGUGCCCAGAAGUACAAGGUGCUCAGUGCUCAGAGACAUGGCCAAGGUAAGGAAGGCUGAAACCCGACCACCACUGAACAAGACACAUAAGUUGAAACGUCAAGACUGGGCCAAGAAAUUUCUGAAGACAGAUUUUUCAAAGGUUUUAUGGACUGAUGAGAUGAGAGUGACUCUUGACGGACCAGAUGGAUGGGCCCGUGGCUGGAUCAGUAACGGAGCUCCACUUCGACUCAGACGCCAGCAAGGUGGAGGUGGGGUACUGGUAUGGGCUGGUAUUAUUAAAGAUGAGCUAGUUGGACCUUUUCAGGUUGAAGAUGGACUCAAACUCAACUCCCAAACCUACUGUCAGUUUUUAGAAGACACUUUCUUCAAGCAGUGGUACAGGAAAAAGUCUGCAUAUUUCAAGAAGACCAUGAUUUUUAUGCAGGACAAUGCUCCAUCGCAUGCAUCGAAGUACUCCACUGCGUGGCUAGCCAGUAAAGGCCUUAAAGAUGAAAGAAUAAUGACAUGGCCCCCUUCCUCACCUGACCUAAACCUUAUUGAGAACUUGUGGUCCCUUCUUAAACGGUCGAUUUACGGUGAAGGAAAACAGUACACCUCUCUGACCAGUGUCUGGGAGGCUGUGGUUGCUGCUGCACAAAAAGUUGAUUGUUAACAGAUCAAGAAACUGACAGACUCCAUGGAUGGAAGGCUUAUGACUGUUAUUGAAAAGAAGGGUGGCUAUAUUGGUCACAGAUUAUUUUUUUGGAAAUGUCAGAAAUGUUUAUUUGUAAAUGUUGAGUUGUUUGUUUAUUAUUCUCAGUUUAACAGAUGAAAAUAAACAAGUGAGAUGGGGAACUUUUCAUUUUUCAUUUAGUUGCAUAAUAAUUCUGCACACUAAUAGUUGCCCAAUAAUUGUGCACACAUAGAUAUUCUCCAAAGAAAGCCAAAACCUCACUUUUACUUUCUUAAAUAUUCAGGUUUGAGGUUUAUUAACAUUUUGGAUUGACCGAGAGCACUGUAGUUGUUCAAUAAUAACAUUAAUCCUCAAACAUACAACUUGCCUAAUAAUUGUGCACACAGUGUAGUUUCCUUGGAUCAAACUCUGAAGUGAACCAUGUCCCAACGAGAGGUUUGUCCUUCUGUGUAUGAGGAUCCUAUCUGUGGGGCAAAAAUGAACUUCCACUUAAGUCAAAAUGUCACAGUCUCCCAUUGACAUCAACGCAUGACUAAGUGAAAAUGUGACUUAAGUGGAAGUUAUUAUUCACCCCUGUGUGUAUGGAGGGAGGGUGGGAGAGGGAGAGAGGUUUAUUGUUACAGAUAGAGCAUUAACACACCCCUAUUUCCACCCUUGUCCCCCCUUUAUAAUCCCCCCUUUCCCCCUCCUAUCCUCAAUUGGAUGCUAUCGACUCACCUUCACUCACCCAAAUAUGUUUUAUCAUUUUCAAGAAGCGCAGUUAACCUGGCAGUGUUAAAACUGAAUGAACAAGGCCUGUUGGACAAAUUGAAAAACAAGUGGUGGUACGACAAGGGAGAGUGUGGCAGCGGCGGAGGUGGCGAGAAGGUUAGCCAUCCGUGUGUCAUCCCCAUGCCGAUUGGGUAAAACUGUUCUCGUGGUAACGGGGGCAUCUGCCGGGGCGACACCCAUCGUGUGACCCACAGUGGUGUUGUGACGUGCCACAGUGGCACGUAUUAUAGUUCUGGACGAGUGGAGAGCGAUUACUGUCAAACUACAAAUAUUCGCUUUUAGUAGAUGUUAAUAUUGUUCACCUCUUUGUAACCUAAAGCUUAAGUGGAAUAGUUUUUGAAGACACCUUGAAGUCACAGUCAUAUUGUGUAGUCCCACUAAACACCACAUUGCGCAUGUCAUAAAUGUACAGUAUCUUAUGGCAAAACGUGAAGUUGAAAAAGAGAUUUACAUCACAAUGUGACUUCCCUAGUUAAAAAAACUGAUAAAUACAUUCUAAAAAGUCUGUUGUUUUUUAUUAUUGUUGACUUUGGUACAAAAUUCAGCCAAUAGUUGUAGCUUCACAGUAAUAGCCUCCGAUUGGUUGUUGUGAGAUAGGCCUCGGCAGUAUGUGCCCGUUCCAGAAAGCGAUGCAGUGGGGGCCCCAUGUAUAUGUCUGUAGUGUUCAGCCCCUCAGGGACCCCUAAACCAACACCCCAGCAGUCCCCUCUCCACUACCAUGAGCAUAGAGACAUGUAAACCAAUGGGGCCCCUGUCUCCGUCACUUUCAGCUGUUAAGUGCUCUGUAUGGGCUCUUUACGUUUUUGACUGAAUAACAUAAAAUAACAUGUCCCAUGAUGUUAUUUAUGUUAUUUCCCCCCCUGACCCCUCCCCGACCCCUCGACCUCACUCGUGCGGUUUCGAAGAACUCCAGUAAACCUAGCCGUGUUGAAACUGAGUGAAUCAGGCGUCUUAGACAAGCUGAAAAACAAAUGGUGGUACGAUAAGGGCGAGUGUGGACCCACGGCCUCAGGAAGUAAGGUCAGUCUCCUGCAAGUCCUGGGACCACACCUCCUCACUGACUGUUCUGAUGUCACACUGAUGAACCCCACCGCAGACAGACAGACAGAAAGACAGAUAGGCAGACAAGGAGACAGGCAGGGAUGUAGACAGGCAGGCAGGUAGGAAGGCAGGCAGGAAGGCAGGCAGAUGGGCAGACAGGCAGAUAGAGUCAGGCAGACAGAGAGGCAGGCAGGUAGGUAGGUAGGUAGGUAGGUAGGUAGGUAGGUAGGUAGGUAGGUAGGUAGGUAGGUAGACAGACAGACAGACAGACAGACAGACAGGCAGAUAGAGUCAGGCAGACAGAGGCAGGCAGGUAGGUAGACUGGCAGGCAGACACACACAAAGAUAGGACAGAGAGAGACUUAAGGCGUAGCCUGAGGGAUACAAUACAUCAAACUAGAAGGCAUGCUCACAAUUCAGUGGUAGCAGCAGCACAGCAAUGUAUGAAAUGGUGAGACCUGCAGGAUCACAUUCAUUUGGUUGUCACCUGUAUCUGUGCCACACUUAGUAGUGUAUACUUAGUAGUGCAGUUGUAAUGUCACGGCAGAGUAUUAGUAUCAUAGAAGUAGAAUGAGUAGAACAGGCUUGGAACCUCUUACCUUGACUGGUAAACUCUAUUAUAUUUCUAUGAUAGUAGAAAAUAUAGUAUGCCAGUCAUUCUAGCCCACUCUAGAUUGGUUCUAGUAAGUUUAUUCAUUGGGCAAUACUCAAGCAUGUAAAGAGAACUCCUUCCUCAACAAAGCAGCAUGUAAACACCUUAGCGGCAAAAGUACUUGUCAAGUGUAUUUCCUUGUCAAGUAUAAUAAAAAAGUAGAUCUUGAGUUUUGAAGAUAUGGCACUUGUUUGAAAGUUCUCAAUCACAUACUCCAAGCAGCAGUAGAUAAGAUGCAUGACAAGGCAAGGCAGUGUUUCGUAAAGUCUCCAACCUGAACAUAUUCCUUUUGAAAAGAAAGCCUCCCCUUUAGGAGCAGGCAACUAACCUGAGAAGUGGGAGAUAAGAAAAGUGAGAGAGCUGCACCCCUGUAUGUCUUAAAUCACAGUGUCUAAUUACACAAUGACAAUAAGCAGAGAUAACAGAGGGCUAGGGAGCUACUUGAGAGUGGAGACCAAGGAAUAUACAGCCUGUUAACAAUUUUUAACUGAGUCAUUUAGGCAGCUAGUGAACUAGAAUAAUUGUUUUCCUCCUUCAUUGCUGUAAAAAUGUCAUAGUCACGCUUUAUCGAGGGAUCAUUAAAUUUGUUGGCAUGGGAACAUCAUGAUGAUAACAGCUGUAGCAGUAGCCACAGAGCUGAAAGCUAGAGCAGGUCUGAACUGGAAAGUGUAUGUGUGUGUGUUAGAUUGAUAAAUUAUGUAUUUGUGUACGUGUGUUGUAAUGUGUAAUAUAAUUGCCGGGUACAGUGCCUUCGGAAAGUAUUCAGACCCGUUGACUUUUUCCACAUUUUGUUAGGUUACAGCCUUAUUCUAAAAUGUAGUUUUUCCCUCAUCAAUCUACACAAAAUACCCCAUAAUGACAAAGCAAAAACUAGUUUUUAGACAUUUUUGCUAAUUUAUAAAAAAUAAAAAACUGAGCAUACAUUUACAUAAGUAUUCAGACCCUUUACUCAGUACGUUGUUGAAGCACCUUUGGCAGCGAUUACAGCCUCAAUCAAGUCUUCUUGGGUAUGACGCUACAAGCUUGGCACACCUGUAUUUGGGGAGUUUCUCCCAUUCUUCUCUGCAGAUCCUCUCAAGCUCUGUCAGGUUGGAUGGGGAGCGUUGCUGCACAGCUCUUUUCAGGUCUCUCCAGAGAUUCAAGUCCGGGCUCUUGCUGGACCACUCAAGGACAUUCAGAGACUUGUUCCGAAGCCACUCCUGUGUUGCCUUGGCUGUGUGCUGAGUGCUGUGGAGCAGGAUUUUAUCAAGGACCUCUCUGUACUUUGCUCCAUUCAUCUUUGCCUCGAUCCUGACUAGUCUCCCCGUCCUUGCCGCUGAAAAACAUCCCCACAGCAUGAUGCUGCCGCCACCAUGCUUCACCGUAGGGAUGGUGCCAGGUUUCCUCCAGACGUGUGGCUUGGCAUUCAGGCCAAAGAGUUCAAUCUUGGUUUCACCAGACCAGAGAAUCUUGUUUCUCAUGGUCUGAGAGUCUUUAGGUGCCUUUUGGCAAACUCCAAGCGGUCCAUCAUGUGCCUUUUACUGAGGAGUGGCAUCCGUCUCUCCACUCUACCAUAAAGGCCUAAUUGGUGGAGUGCUGCAGAAAUGGUUGUCUUUCUGAAAGGUUCUCCCAUCUCCACAGAAAAACUCUAGAGCUCUGUCAGAGUGACCAUCGGCCCUUCUCCCCCAAUUGCUCAGUUUGGCCGGGCGGCCAGCUCUAGGAAGAGUCUUGGUGGUUCCAACUUCUUCCAUUUAAGAAUGAUGGAGGCCACUGUGUUCUUGGGGACCUUCAAUGCAGCAGAAAUGUUUUGGUAACCUUCCCCAGAUCUGUGCCUCGACACAAUACUGUCUUGGAGCUCCAUGGACAAUUCCUUCGACCUCAUGGCUUGGUCUUUGCUCUGACAUGCACUGUCAACUGUGGGACCUUAUAUAGACAGAUGUGUGCCUUUCCAAAUAAUGUCCAAUCAAUAGAAUUUACCACAGGUGGACUGCAAUCAAGUUGUAGAAACAUCUGAAGGAUGAUCAAAAGAAACAGGAUGCACCUGAGCUUAAUUGCGAGUCUCAUAGCAAAGGGUCUGAAUACUUAUGUAAAUAAGGUAUUUAUGUUUUUUGUUUUUAAUAAAUGUGCAAACAUUUCUAAAAACCUGUUUUCGCUUGGUAUUAUGGGGUAUUGUGUGUAGAUUGCUGAGGAAAUUGUUUUAUUUAAUCCAUUUUAGAAUAAGGUUGUCACGUAACAAAAUGUGGAAAAAGUCAAGGGGUCUGAAUACUUUCCGAAGGCACUGUAUGUAUGAAUAUGUAUGUAUGAGUAUGUAUGUGAGUCUAUGUUUGCAUGUGUUUGUUCUCAACCCCCCCACCACCGCUAGGUCUCUGACUGCCUGUCUGCCCUGUGUCUCUCCUCCAACCGCCCCAGGACAAGUCGUCCCAGGCCCUGUCGUUGAGCAACGUGGCGGGGGUCUUCUAUAUCCUCGUGGGGGGCCUGGGCCUGGCCAUGCUGGUGGCCCUCAUUGAGUUCUGCUACAAGUCCCGGAACGAGGCCAAGCGAAUGAAG